AACUUUUUUGGUUUUUUUUCUUUUCCGAUUGAAAACUACAUUAAUCUGAUGUGAUGGUGGAAGCUACGUCGAAUUUAACGCCGUCGCAGAGAUACGCGGCAAGCGCAUUGUUGGCGAUCGCACUCAACCAAGCGCAGAUCAGCCAGACAAAGCCACUCGGCAUCUCCAACACCGAUCACGGCGGUGAUAACGGAGGGUCUGAGCAUGGCGUAACCAGCGGCGGUGAUUCAGUCCCCCAGGACGAGGAUCUAUGGGUCCACGAGGUUUCUGGCUUGCUCCGACCCGUUUUCAGAUGUCUUCAGAUUGAUUCCUCAGCUUGGCAUGGCAUCGAGGAGAUUGCUGCUUCUUCUCCGGCUAAGCCUCACAUCGGUGCGCUCAUCAAAUUACUCUCGGAUGAUGACGGUUCUGGUGAUAUGGUGGAGAAAGAGACCGCUUUAGCUAAAGCUGCUGAAGCUAUGGUCCAAGGCAUUCAGCAAGGUUCUGUAUCUGUAGAAGCUAAGAAGGAGAAACAUUUGGAAUACGAAAACGAAUGCCGUGAGAAGUAUUCCCUUCCUGAGGCUCAGUCUGGUGCUGCAGAUAAGGAAACAUUGAGUCACGGGGAGGAUGUAGCUAAAGAUAGUGCCCACAAUCCUGAGAUUGUUGAAGAUGGGAAACCUGUUGAGGAAGCAGCAUUGCUUAGCCAUGAGAGGAAGAUAAGUGUUCUUUACGAGCUACUCUCUGCUUGCUUGGCAGAUAAACAUGAGGAUAAGGAAGAAUGUACACGGAGUAGGAAAGGCUAUGAUGCGCGUCACCAUGUUGCUCUGCGCUUACUUGCAACUUGGCUUGAUAUUCAGUGGAUCCAAAUGGAAGGAGUUGAGACAAUGGCUGCAUGCUCUGCCAUGGCAUUGCAGAAGUCAGGCGGUAAGGAAGAAGAGUCUCUGUCUCCAGAGAGUGAAUGGGAUAAAUGGAAGCGUGGAGGCAUUGUUGGAGCGGCUGCGUUAACAGGGGGUACUCUGAUGGCUAUCACUGGUGGAUUAGCCGCUCCAGCAAUAGCUGCAGGGUUUGGUGCAUUGGCACCAACACUAGGCACGCUGGUUCCUGUAAUUGGAGCCAGUGGGUUUGCUGCAGCUGCUAGUGCUGCGGGAACUGUUACUGGUUCUGUUGCUGUUGCAGCAUCCUUUGGAGCUGCUGGAGCUGGGCUCGCUGGGGCUAAGAUGGCGAGGAGAACUGGGGAAAUUGAAGAGUUUGAGUUUAAAGCUAUUGGAGAAAACCAUAAUCAAGGACGAUUAGCAGUGGAGAUCUUAGUUGCUGGCUUUGUGUUUAAGGAAGAAGACUUUGUAAAGCCCUGGGAAGGUUUAACUAGCAACUUAGAAAGGUACACAGUGAUAUGGGAAUCCAAGAAUAUUAUUGCAGUGAGCACUGCAAUUCAGGAUUGGCUUACUUCAAGAGUUGCUAUGGAGUUGAUGAGACAAGGUGCAAUGUAUACAGUACUAAGCUCGCUUCUAGCAGCAAUGGCAUGGCCGGCAACAAUCUUAGUAGCUGCUGAUUUCAUAGAUAGUAAAUGGAGUAUCGCCAUUGACAGGUCAGACAAAGCAGGAAGACUUCUUGCUGAAGCGCUUCGAAAAGGUUUACAAGGAAAUAGACCAGUGACUCUCGUGGGUUUCUCGCUUGGUGCGCGUGUCGUCUUCAAGUGCCUCCAGGCUCUGACCGAGACAGAGAAAAACGCUGAGAUUGUGGAAAGAGUUGUUCUUCUUGGAGCCCCAAUUUCAAUCAAUAACGAGAACUGGCGAGACGUAAGAAAGAUGGUGGCCGGAAGAUUCAUCAACGUUUACGCCACAAAUGAUUGGACCCUCGGGGUUGCUUUCCGUGCAAGUCUCCUGGCUCAAGGAUUAGCUGGAAUCCAGCCGGUCUGUAUCCCAGGGAUCGAGGAUGUGGAUGUAACUGAUAUGGUGGAAGGUCACUCAUCUUACUUAUGGAAAACUCAGCAAAUCCUUGAAAGACUCGAACUCGACAACUCUUACCCUGUUUUUCGAAACACUCUCUAACUAAAACCCAACAUUGUUCAUGAUUCAUUUAUUUAUUAUUUAUAGUUAUUUUCACUACUUAAUUAUUAACAUCAAAUCAAAUGCAACCGCUAUUAAUUGCCAGAUAUUCUCUAUUAACCACAUGCACAUUCAGGCCUUCUUCAAGAACCUUUCAUUCACUGUUGGUGAGUGCUUUUGCGUGAGUAGACGGUAAAGUACAUAUUUUUCUUGCCUCUAAGUUUCCACACGGUGUGUGUGCGGUGUGGUCUACUCGUGAGUGGACCAAAAUAUUGUUAAGAUUUUGGACCAAAAAUAACUUUCCAUCUAAAAAUAAGAUGCAAUGAUGUAGUUUUUUUUUGUUUUAUAUAAAUAAGAUUUUGUUAGUUUUAUACGUCAACUAGAUGUUUCACCCAAAUAUGCAGGCAAAAUUAUUUACUAAUACAUAUAUUACAUAAUUAGAUAGCUUAUUUCUAAAACUGAUUGCGUAUGAUGAUAAGAAAGGUAGCAUCUACUUGUUGAGUACACAUGAAUUCGUUUUACUUGUGUGUGAUGUGGUCCACACACAAGUAGAUAAGUAUGUCUGCCUAUUCGGAUAAAACACCUGGUUAACAUAUAAAACCAACAAAAUAUAUUAUUUAUAUAAAAAAAACAAAAAAGCUACAUCAUUGCAUCUCAUUUUUAUAUGGAAAGUCAUUUUUCUUACUUUUGAGGUCAACGACUUAUAUAUAUCAUCAGUUUGAUUUUAGUUGAAUCUCAAAACAAAAUCUUAACAAUAUUUUGGUAUAUAUCAAUUGGAAUAUACUGAAUCUCACUGUUUAAAUUUGGUAAUUGGUUAUCAAUUAGGUUGAUUUGUUAUUAUUUUAUUUUAUAUUGUGUGUCGUUAAGGUUUUGUCAAAAGGAUAUGCACAAAAAGUAUUGUACGUGUUGGAAUUAUUAUCAUUUCUAGAAUAAAAUAAUAACACAACUAGUAGAUAAAACUAACAAAACAUAACAAAGUUCAAAGAACACUGUCUAACGUUAUUUUUUUCUAAAAUGAGAAAAAAAUCCUAAGAAAAAAAAA